AUGUUUAUCUUUUUAUUUAUUACAACUAUCUUUGCUUAUUGUGAUUAUUAUAAAAAUAAUACACUCAUUCAUUUCAAAGAUAAACCAUGCACAUUUAACCCAGAAGAAUAUACUUUUAGUAUUUCUUCUUUAACAGUAUUUAAUUUAUUAAAUACAUCAAAACAAUUAACAAUUCAAAUGGAUAACUCUAAUGAUGUUGAUGUUUUUCUUGGUAUUGAUAAAAUGAAAACAAUGAUUGAACGUAAACAGUAUUAUGCGUCAACAGAAAAUCUAACAAUACAAAGUAAUAUUUUACAAUAUCAACACACAUUGUCUCUUUAUUCUUUCUCAUUAGAAAAAGAUUUUGAAUUAAAUGUACAAACAAAAAAUACAACUAUUAGGUUCUCAAAGAUAGAUAAUGAAUUUCCCUUGAAGUAUGUUAUUAAUUCAGUCGAAGGAAACAGAGUUGUUAUCGUCCGUAGUUUUAUGCCACCUACAGACUAUAUUCUCCUUAAAGGAAAUGUCAAUGUUGUAAUUCAACCUGCUAAUUCAAAAAGAAGAAAAACAUGUGAGACUGCAUUUAUUGGUAUUGGAAAUAUUACUACUACUCCAUUUAAUUUCGACCUUUAUGGUGUUCAUCAAGAUGACACUUAUAGACCAAUUGCUCUUUGUGAAAGAAAUGGAUAUACUCGUUUUACUGAUUGUGUACAAAAUGAGUAUGAAGAAUAUAUCAAAAGUGAAGAUGCCAAAGAGGGAUGUUUAUGUAAAUUUUUAUGGAAUGACACAAAAGGAGUUCAUUAUAAUAAAUGGGAUUGCCAAUUAUAUUCACAAUAUCUAGAUUUAAUUGCUUAUUUACCUAAUUCAGUAAUUGAAGGAAAGUGGAAUGAAGUACUUGUUAAAAAUACUAAUGCUACUUUCAAUAAUGUUGAAAUAAAUACAUUAACUUUGAAUAACACAAAAUCAAUAGGAUAUAUUAAUACAAAACAUCUUAUCGUUAUUGGAAAGUCUUUCACUGAAAAUAUUCAAACUAAUUCAUUGGAAUUGAAUG